AGAGAAACGGCUGGAUUGUGCUGCGCAAGUGGAAAAGUCAAACUGGAUCCAUUACUUACACCACCACAGCCACUGAAACCAUUGUUCGAUGGAAGUGAUCCCGAUUCCAGCCAUUUUCUUCAACACAUCCUUGAAUACAAUAACUGCUUUCGCAUGACUUCCUUUGGAGCUAAUAUCAUUCGAGAAGGCGGCUUCAUGCCGACUUGCAAGAUACAAGGACAAAUAUAUCAUUUGCAUGGUUCAAUGGUGCCAACACCAGAUGAACCGCAUCAAUUUCUGCAAAUAUAUUUCAUUUCGUCGAUGGUGGAUCAGCUGAAUGUGCGGUGUAAUAUUCAGGGAACACAACAGUUAAAGAGACGGAUUAUUGAACAGUUGCAAGCAUUUUUUCACGCUAAUAACGCUGUGGUUAAUAUGUUCAAAACAGCAUUGGAACGAAUGCCAUCGGAUACGCACAAAUUUGUCAUAAGAGCGGAUUGUACCCCAACAGGUGAACAUGUGCGAAGAUUCAAUGCACCCACCGUUAAUGAUGUUGCUGCAAUUAUUGUUGGCGAUCCAACUAAAUCGCGAGACAUUGUCGUUCAGCGAAGAAGCAAUAUCAUGCAUCGUGUAAACGAGACACAUCGUUUGUACGAUGCGUUACAAUAUCCAAUCAUUUAUUGGCAAGGGCAAGACGGAUACGACAUCACGUUGAAGAUGGUCGAUCCAAUUACAAGCGUAUCAACGAAUAAAAAUCUAAGCGCAAUGAAUUACUAUGCGUAUCGUAUGAUGAUUCGUACACAUGAGGAGAAUGUCAUUCUGAAGUGCCGUCGGCUAUUCCAGCAAUUCGCUGUCGACAUGUAUGUCAAAGUCGAGACAGAACGUUUAGCGUUCAUCCGAUUCAAUCAGGCAAAGCUACGAUCUGAGGACUAUAUACACUUGCGUGAUGCUAUUCAUUCAGAUGGUGAUGUUCAGAGUAUUGGACGUCUGACGAUUCUCCCAUCAUCUUAUAUCGGAAGCCCACGCCACAUGCACGAAUAA